UCCUUUCGCCCCCUUUUGUCUAAAAACCCAAAAAAUUCUUGGCGGCCAGCCUCUCUCCCUCUCUCUUCUUCUCGAAGCCUCUCUUUCUCUCUCCAAACUGAACCGCCAACUUUGAGAGGCUCCGAGUUUCUCUCUCCUCUUCGCCGGAUCUCUGUCUUCAGUGUCUGUGCAUAUUUUGAAGAGGUGCCCGAUCUUGAUUUGACGUCCCACCCUCCCUUUCUUAACUAUGGCAGCUAUUGGGACACCCUCAAGUGAUACGGCAGAUUUGUUGCAGUUGCAGCAGCUCUCUCUUGAGUCGCAGACCAAAUCUCUUGAAGCUCAUGAGCCUCCCAAAAAGUUUGGUUCAAUUGGCUCUCGUAAUGUUAUUAAUAGUUUGGCGAAGCCAUAUGAGCGUUCUACAAUGCCUAUCCAGGAAUAUGCCAAUCUGAACAUGUACUAUCAAAAUGGCUACCCUUCUGCUCCCUACUAUUACGGCUAUGAUGAUCUUAAUGUUUGGAAUGAUUACAGAUACAUGAAUCAUGAUGGGGUUGAUAUGCACUCAGGCCUGCAGCAGCGACGGCUAACUACAGGGGUGGGUCAAACUGCUGGAUACAUGGGCAGGUCACAUCUAAAUGAGCAAAUGUAUGGUCAGUUUGGAAAUGCGUACCGGGGAAGCUCAGGAUUUGGGUUGAACUAUUACAAUCCCAAAUCAUCAUGGAAUAAUUGGAGAACGGUUGAUAACAACAAAUAUGCGUCUAAAGGACGUAACAAUGGGUUUUUUAGCUAUGGGAAUGAAAAUAAGGACAGUCUGAAUGAGCUUAGCAAAGGGCCUAGAUCAAAGGAUGUGAAAAACCCGCUAGGUUUUGGAUCAGUUAAAUUGGCUGUGAAGGGGCAGGAUCUGACUUCAAAAGUAAAUAGCAAAGAAGAAACUAUCUCUGAAAUUCCUGACAAGGAGCAGUAUAACAAAGAAGAUUUUCCUGAGACUUACUUGGAUGCUAAAUUUUUUGUUAUCAAAUCGUAUAGUGAGGAUGAUGUUCAUAAAAGUAUCAAGUAUAAUGUCUGGGCAAGUACCCCCAAUGGAAACAAAAAGCUGGAUGCAUCAUAUCAGGAAGCUAAAGCAAAGCCUGAUAGCUGCCCUGUGUUUUUGUUGUUCUCGGUAAAUGCUAGUGGGCAAUUUGUUGGCCUGGCCGAGAUGGUUGGUCCUGUUGAUUUUAACAAGAGCAUGGACUUCUGGCAACAGGACAAGUGGACUGGGUGCUUUCCUGUUAAGUGGCACAUUGUUAAAGACAUUCCCAACAGUUUGUUGAAGACCAUUACUCUUGAAAAUAAUGAUAACAAACCUGUUACGAAUAGCAGAGACACACAAGAGGUUAAAAUUGAGCAAGGUAUUCAAGUGCUUAAAACUUUCAAGUCUCAUGUGAGCAAGACUAGUAUUUUGGAUGACUUUGAGUUUUAUGAGGCACGGCAAAAAGCUUUGCAGGACAAGAAGGCCAAGAGACUUCAAUUCCAGAAACAGGGAAAAAACGAGAACAACUCUGGGGAUGUAGAUGUUUCUACAACAGCCUUGACUGAUGUGUCUGCAGCUGUACCCAACAGCCAAACCAAGCCGCAUCAGGAACCUGCCGCCAAACCUCAAUCUUUUGCUGAUGUCACCAAAGGUGUCAAAGGAGAUAAGGCUGGUGCUGCUGGUGAUGUCGCAUCAGCUUGAAUUUGCUGCUUCAAGAAUCUCGUCGAGGCUGGCAAUUCACAGGUUUUUGAUGGCAGAUUGAGAUUGCAGCGUAGUUCCUAGUUUUGAUCCCAUAAAUUUAGUUAGUUAUAGGUGCCUCCUUUUCUCUGUUAUUGCAAACUUCACCUUUAAUUUUUAAUUUUUUUUAAUUGGGGGAGGGGUUUAAUAUGCUCCGCAUAAAAUGGUUGUGUUUUCUUCUGCUUUCUUUUUCUUUUUGGAAUGUAGCCUUUUAAGGCAGAUAUUAUUUUCCAUUUUUGUAGUAAAAGGGCUGUGUUUUGGGGGAUUUGGGUUAGUGUUAGUAUAGCUGCAUAGGAGACUUUUCCGAGACCUAAUAGUAUGUGUACUUUAAUGAAAUUGAGUUUAUGUUUUGCUGAGUAAUGGAUUUGACGCUAGAAAGAUUUAUGGUUUA